ACCUGGAGGGCCGAAGUUGGCCCAGGCCUGAUCUAAGACAUGGAUGAAGCUGUCGAGCAGCACUGGAACUGCAAAUCCCAGAAAACCCGGCGCAAGAGGAGGAGUUUGAAAGCCUCGGCGCCUCCCCAGUGCUGGGAUGGAAGGGGCUGCUUGCCCUUCGGCUGGAGGCGGAGGCUGUGGCUCCAGGUGAAACCCUCGGACAGACGUGAGAAGUGCUUCCUUGCUGUGCCAAAGCCAUGGAGAUGCAAUCGUACUACGCCAAACUCUUGGGGGAGCUCAACGAGCAGCGGAAGAGGGACUUCUUUUGUGACUGUAGCAUCAUUGUCGAAGGGAGGAUCUUCAAGGCCCACAAGAACAUCCUCUUCGCCAACAGUGGCUACUUCAGAGCACUCUUGAUCCACUACAUACAAGACAGUGGCAGGCACAGCACUGCAUCCUUGGACAUCGUGACAUCUGAAGCCUUCUCGGUUAUCCUGGACUUCCUUUAUUCUGGGAAACUGGACCUUUGUGGGGAGAACGUGAUCGAAGUCAUGUCUGCGGCCAGUUACCUACAGAUGACAGACGUUGUCAACUUCUGUAAGGCAUACAUCCGGUCCUCGCUGGAUAUCUGCAGGAAAAUAGAGCGAGAGGCCGCAUUUUACCAGGCCGACAGUGGGAGCAGCAGUUCUGCCAGAGAAGGCACAUCAUUCGCCACAAAAAACCAGUGCUCGGCCUCCGUCUCAUCUUUGCAAGACAAGGACAGGAUCCCAGAUUGUCACCGAGACCCUCCCUGUGGGGAGUGUGACAACUGCCACCCCAUUGAGUUGAUGGUCCGGGAUACAGUCGACAGUGACUCUCCAGACGACACAAACUCCUCACUGCCCAAAGUGGUGGAGCCCAAAGUGGAGUUCGACGCCGAUGAGGUGGAGGUGGGCGAUCGGCUACCGCAGUUCUCAACUCCACUGACCAUGGAGCAGAUUGAGGAGGGUCUCCACAGCGGCCAGGCCAUGGACCUAGCCUGCAACAACUACCAUAUGAAGCAGUUCCUGGAGGCCCUGCUGCGCAACAGUGCCACGCAGAGAAAGGAGGAUGUUGUGCAUCACUUUGUACGUGGCUUCGAGGGGAGGCCGGAGGAUAGUGCCAUGCCCAUGAGCUCUAUGAUGGACAACGACUGGUAUGGAGAGGAUGCAGGCGACGUGCUUGUGGUGCCCAUCAAGCUGCACAAAUGCCCUUUCUGCCCCUACACGGCUAAACAGAAAGGCAUCCUGAAGCGCCACAUCCGUUCGCACACCGGCGAGAGGCCCUACCCCUGCGAGAUCUGUGGCAAGCGCUUCACACGGCAGGAGCACCUCCGGAGCCACGCUCUGAGUGUCCAUCGCUCCAACAAGCCCAUCAUCUGCAAAGGUUGCCGGAGAACAUUCACCAGCAGCCUGUCCCAAGGCUUGCGGCGCUUCGGUCUGUGUGACAGCUGCACGUGUGUCACGACUACACAUGAGGACUCCAUGCCCAUCAACCUCAGCCUGAUGGAGCCUUCCUCGGAAGGUUCGGAGAAGAGAGAUCCAGACAAUGACUGGCCCAUCUAUGUGGAGUCGGGGGACGAGAACGACCCCCCGGAUGACGAUGAUGACGUGGACCCUGAUCCCGACGAUAAGCGGGGCCUGCACCGGGAAGCCCUUCUCUAGUAGUCAAAGCAGGGCAGGGUAACACCAAGACGUCUUUUUGUAGGAUUCGUUGUUCGAUAUUUAUCAAGAUCAUGAUCUUUAAAAAAUAUGAAUAAUAUCAACAUUCAACUUUUCUUGGACAUAUAGGAGCGAUUGGAGUUCCAGAACUCCAAAAUGUCUUCUAAACUGUUUUUAGUGCUGUGCGCUAUGCCUUUCAAAGGAAUUUUGUGUCCAGGGUAAACAGAAGCCACAUUCCAGCCAUCUCUUGCUUGCCUCGGGAUCUGUGUAGGGAGGAAUUUUCCUCUGCCCAUUCAAUCUAGUUUCUCAUUCCCUUUGCUGCCUCUCUCUGUUGCCUUUUUCCAAGACGCUUUUAAAUGAUUCCACUUUCUGUUUUGGAAGAAAUCUGAACUCUUAUUUGGGCUGGAUUAUCCUAACUGGGCGUUUAGAAUGGGACAAAAGCAAAA